AUGGUGACAGCUACGAGACGAAGAAAUCUCGAAGCGCCUUCGACGCCUUCGGUUGACAGUGAGAGUGCGUCGACUAUCACAAGCGGCAAGCGCAAGCCCGAAUCGACCCGUUCUGGAAAACCCGAAACACAGCGCAACAAGAGAAGAAAGAGAAGCAAUCUGGCGGAAAGUGAAGAGAUGGAGGGAGACUCGUCGGUUGAAGCAUCUGAAGCUUUGGAUGUGUCUAUUUCACAGCAGGAAGAGGAGACAGCAACCGCAGCCAAGAAAAAUCAUUUCAGAUUUGACAGCGAGGAGCCUGAAGUGCCGCCGCGGUUAGAUAUGGAUGUGCCAAAGCCUCAGCAGGAGGAUCGAGACGUUGAGGAUAGUAGCGAUGAUGACGAAGCUCCCGAGACCGUUGAUAAUUCAGCACAGCUGUCGAAGUUCAAGCUGGAAGCCAAAAAGCAAGAAAGAGCCAAACAAAUUGAGGAGCAACGGAAAAAGGAGAAGAGAAAACAGCUGGACGAGCUUCGAAAAUCUCAAGCAAAGAACAAGGAGAUGUUGAACGCUAAGACCAAAUCUGCAGCCGGUACUGCCGAUGACAUGCUAUCAGAGAGUACGGAAACUCUUCGAGGCUCUACAACCCAAGAUGCUCGCCGAUCGGCCCUUCCAGCUCUCUUGCCAGAUGAUAUUCUCAACGCGGCUCCUGUUACAAGACUCCCAACACCUCCAGCAGAGGAAUACGCAACCUCGCACAAGAAGCCCAACAAAUUAAGAUUCCUCGAGGCGACGGAGAAGCGUCCGAAGGAUGUCAAACUGGGCGAUGUCACGAUCCGCGUGCUCGAUGAGAGUGUCUCUCACAAGGCGAAGACGUCUUUGCCACCGAAAUCGUCGAAAACUGGACGAAACGCCAAACAGAACUGGCUCAACAGGGCUCGCAGUACCGCAAAUAUCAAUGGCUUGAGAAGAACCACAGGUGGCUCCUCAGGAUUUGUGCGCAGAUAA